UACACUUUGGUAUUUUCGUGCGGCAUUUUAUUCGAUAACGAGUUAAAAUCCUCCCAAUAAUUUAAACAAAAACCCUCAACCCUUCAUCUUCAAUCCAUUUCUCCACCACCAAAAAUUAGGGCAAAUUAUUUGCCGUUAAAGGAAAAAAAACAGAUGGCGAAGAAGAAAGCAUCCAAUGCCAACAACGGCAAGCAGGAGGAAACGGUGAUAUCGCACUCCAUGGACUCGCCGCCGCCGUCUUCCGUUGAUUCGGAGAAGCUCGAGAGCCUCAAGUCGCUGAAUCAGAUGCUGCUCAAGGAGGCGGUCGAGCGCCGCCAGCAGGUGGACUCCCUUCUCCAGUCCAAAGGCUCUCUGGAGACGGAGCUGAAUCAGUCGAACUCGGAGAAGGAGGCUUUGGGCUCCGACUUGGCUCGGCUUGUCGAUCGGGUGGCGGAGCUCGAAGUUGAGAGGAGAGUUGUGGCAGUUUACGUAGAUGUUCAGGUUGUAUUGAAAGGAGAGGAGUUUGUUAGGGAAAUGAAGGGGUUGGAGAUGGAAUUGAGAGAGAAGGAGAGAGAGGUCGAGGAGAGAGCGAGUGCGAUUUCGAGGCUGAAUGGAGCGUUGAGUGAGAGUGAAGGGGCGUUGGGGGAUGAGAGAGAGGCUUCGAAGCGAGUUCGUGUGGAGAGGGAUGUUUUUGAAGCUAAGCUGAAUCGGCAAAUUGAGGAGGGUUUAGGGUUGAGGGCGAAUCUGGCUGAGUUGAGUGAAAAAAUUAGGGAUUUCGAAAGGGAGAUUGAAGAAUCACGAUCUGCCUACAAUGCUCUAGUGAGUGAGAAAGAAGGAAUGGCAACGCGGAUCAAGUUGCUGAUGGAAGAGAAGGAUUUGUCGGUGAGGGAUUUGAUGGAGUCGAAGAAGCUUAUAGAGAAGAUGAAGGAUGAAAUCAGUGUGAUUGUUAGGGAAAAAGAAGAGGUUGAGAAGGAGAAGAAUGGGGAGAUUGGCAAAAGACAAGAGUUGGAGAAUGUUGUGACCGGAAUCAAUGAGAUGGUGGCUGGCUUGAAGAAAGAAGAGGCGAAGCUGCAGAAGAUGGUGGCUGAAUUGGAUAAGAAGUGUGCUGAUGGUGAGACGAAGCUUAGUGAGAUGUGGAAGGAUACUGAUCGAUUGGUUGGGGAGGUGAAGUUGAGUGAGAAGAGGUAUAAGGAGUUGGCUGCUGAGAAAGGUGUGAUUGAAAAGGAAUUGAAUGAUGCGCGUAAGAAUUUAGCUGAGAGGAGUCUUGAAUUGGAGGGCUUGGCUAAUGAGAAGAUUGCGAUUUCGGAGGAAAAAAGUAGCUUGGAGGGCCAAGUUAAAGAGUUGGGAAGCCAUGUUGAUGAACUUAGGGCUGAUCUUGUUAAGUUGGAGGGUUCAAAUGUGGCUCAUGUUAACAAGAUCAGCAGCUUAGAAUCUGAAGUUGGUGAGUAUAAGAGUAAACUCGAGAAGGCUUAUGUUGAAAGGGAAGGAGUGGAGCGUUGCCUCGAUGAGGAGAAGCAGAAUGCUUUGAAAUUGAAGGCUAAGAUUGAAGAAUUGGAGAAAAGAAUUGAGGAAAGCCACAGCGCUAGUGGGGAGGUGAAGACAGAGAAGGCUGCAAUAUUGAGUGAGAAAGUGGAGUUGGAAAGCCGAUGUGGAAUGCUGAGGGAGGAGAUUGCUUCUCUGCAAGAAACCAUUGGUAAAUUGCAGGCUGAAUUUGAUUCAAUGAAGAGUAAGGCAGAGAUAGCAGAUGCCAACUCAGAGCUAGUGCUGAAUAUGCUGAAGGGCACAUCUGCUUUCUGCUCUAAAGAGAAGAGUGAGGGUGAAGUUGGCAACGUGCACGUUAAUGGUGAGGCGCUGAAGGUGCACGCAGUGGAAAUGGAGACCAUAAAGAAUGCUUUCAAGAGCAAAGCUGCUAAGGUGGAGGAGAUGAAUAGGCAGUUGGAGGUGCUGCGGAGCAGUGUGAUGGACGAGCAGAAGAAGAAAAGCUUUUGGACAAUGUUGUCAUCGGCCACCACGCUCUUGGCUGCUUUGUCCCUUGCGUAUGUUGUUCGUGGCCAUUGAAACAAUCUUGUUUUGGGUGCUCUCCUCUGAUUAGUGUUGGAGGCAUGAAGUGAGUUUUGUUAUGCUAACUAGAGGUGAAAACAAACUAUGAUGAGGUAGUAUAAUAGUUGAGAGAGCUCGUUUAUGAAAAAAUAAGCAAAAGCUUUGAUGCUAAUGGCAGUUUGAUGCCAGGGGUAGUUAGUAGAUGAGUAACUACCCUUUGCUUUCAUCUCCUUGAUGCAGUUACUCUUUGUCUAAGUGAUGCUGCUUAAUUUCGUUUCCUGUUUCUUGUUUCUUGUUUCAAUGAAUUUUGUUUACUACACUAA